AUGAAUAGUGUUCGGAUUGUCUCAACCUGCACUUCCUUCACAAAAGAGACAAUCGUUGUCAAGAUAGAACUUCGUUGUUGCUCCGCAAGCCCCACUUCAAUAACCCUCUCUCGUCUCGCGACAUAUUCGAUCAUUAUCUCUCAACUAUUUUCUAAAUCGACACUACUGAAACAAGUCAUCAAGAUCACCAUGCGCAAACCUAGAGGCUUGGAUCUGGCAAAGAUCCCAUCGUGUGGAAUCGAAGAAGUCGACAAACAUUUCACCGAUGCAAAAGCUAUCAUCGAAGAGGCUCGUGCCUUCGACAAAAAGAACUACGGACCAGAACGUCAAAAGCUUGACGGAAGAUUGACGCGAACCAUGACGGAGUUGAAUAAUUUAGAAAAGACGGAGCUCGUGAAAGCUCGGGACGAUAUUAUUGGCUACAUCAAAGUUGUACGUGGAGCAGUGUGUAACGAGAGCGAAUUACUGGAUGAUGAUUGA